AUGCCCUCCGCCGCCGAGGGAUUUGCAGCGGAGGUGCGGGAGCAGGCGCAACGGGUGGCGCAGCUCCAACCCCCAGACGCCGAGCAGCUGCACCUGUUACUAGACCGGGAGGAGCGGAAUGCGGAGGUGAUCACGCUGUUAAAGGAGCGUUUAGAGCAGCAGAAUGCGGACAUGCAGAAGCUCGUGGCGGAAAACAUGGCGAUUUCCGAGCACCUGCAGACCGUGCAGGCCUCCUUGGAAAAAAUGAAGGCCCUGGCGGCAGAUCGGGGUAUAGGACAGGAGGUCGGGAAAUUGGUCAAGGAUAGCGGUAUUUGAUAAAGAACGUGAUUUCUUGGUUUUGCAUUCUAGUCCUGCUCUGCUCAUGCACGACGCUUCGCUUGUUCCGUCGAUGAAUUUGCAAAAAAGAAGUGCAAGAGGCGUACGAAAUCUACGGUAAAAAUGGUUCCAAAAUUGAGAAUAUGAAUAUUCUAAAACGCAAGCAGAAACUCCAGCAUGUUACUGGUUGUACAACAGGUCUGAACGCCUACCUGUGCCGCAAAGUCUUCCGUCUAUCAAAUACAAAAAUGUUUGGGUCUGGAAGACUGCAGAUUUUUGUCAUGCUGUUUUUACAUGACACAGAAGGUCUGUCAUGGAAGCCCAGCAUCACAGAUUUCGAGAAGGUUUCGCAAUGCCUAAUCCGCAUGACAAAUCUCCCACUUUGGUGACAGGAAGUGGGCAUCUUUUACUGCCUAUGCAUGAGAGAUUUCUGUGUGUUGUGGAAUGUGCAUCACAGGUUCGCGUCGUUCCAGACCCAGACAUAUUUGCAUUUGAUGCCGUCGACUCUACGACGAUGCCUUGAAGCGGGUCGAGAGGAGGCGCCAAAGGGCGAUGAAGCUGCUCGCCGAGAAGGAGGUGAAUUUGGCCAAAACCUUAUCCGAUGUAAAAACGUCCUCACACCAGAGUCAAGAUGGGAAUUUUGCUAGACAAAUCCACCAGCUUUGGUUGCUGCGCCUGACAAGUUUGGCCUCGCAGUAUAAUCCUGUUUAGAAAGCCCCAGCAGCGUCACAGAUCUAGCCUAGCAUGCUGAUUCAAGCAUCACAAAUCUCAAAACACGACGAGAGAACGCUCCUCAUAGGGCUCCGCAUGAGAAACAUUUUUACCAUGCAGAUUUGCAUGACAACUAUGGGGUGGGGACGUUUUUACAUAGGAUAAACCUUUGCGGGACAGAUCGAGUUCACCGACACCGACUGCGCAUUCCUGCGUAUCCGCCCGUUGGUGCCGGUGGGCAGCCCGAGGUCGGCCACGGCGCCGGGGGGUCUUGGCGUGCGGAGAGCCCUGGCGUGAGAGGUAGUUGUUUUGUGCUACUUGUUUUUCGCUACUACCGCUGCGAUACGUUUGGAGGGGAGAAAGUGAAAGUGUGUGCUUUGAGAAAUGUACCUAUGCGCACGACGAAUGAUCUUCGUCGCUUUUGAGUUUGUAUGAUUAUGGUGUACAAUAGAUUUACGGCCGGCUGCAGUGCAUGUACUCGGUGCAGGUGCAGUCGCUCGGAUUUUUGGACUUCAUUUGGACAACAAACUGUACUUGUGCUUGAUGUGGAAAAAGAUUUGUAAUGGUAAUCAUGAUUAUUGAUGCCUUGGUAGCAGACAAAAUGGACAACAUGGAGGUGAGCGAGACGAGUCGCGAUCUUUCUCUGCGAUCAGCGUUUGCUUAUCUCUUCAAUCUCUCAGAGAUGGAAGCUCUAAAGACUUUGUGCUGCUGUGUUCGCGUUCACAUUGUGUGAUUCGAGAAGUUUGCAAGCAAUAAAUCGCAGCUUCGUCCUGCAGCUCCUGUGCCUCUCACUGCAAUAUCAAAGGAUUGACUUUCCUGCAAUUUCUACUGGGGCAUUUUCAACUUCUAUCUAUACUCG